UCAUUGAAUUGAAAGAAACAGUAAAUCUGAUUUAGAGAUGAAGUCGUCUUUGGGGAAGCUGAAGAAAUUUGCACUGCACAAUAAGGAGAAGAAGGAUCCUCAGAUUUUGUUGCAUUUGGAUGGCCUCUCUCAAGUUUUCAGAAUCCUUGAUGGAAAUGGGCAGCUGCCUAUUGGAGAAAAUUGCACUGAAUGGUGAUGGGGAAAAUGGCAAGGCAUUGUCAAUGUUAGGAGGAGUACAAUUAGAACUUCAGAAACUCGUCGACUGCUAUCGUUCGCAUAUCAUCCUAACUAUCACAAAUCCAUCUGAAUCUCUUCUUAGUGAACUUCGGAAAGUGGAGGAAAUGAAACUGCAGUGUGAUGAGAAAAGGGAGGUGUACGAGUAUAUGGCAAAAAGGGGAAAGGGUGGAAAAGGGGAGAACUUUACUUCUCAGCAGUUACAGGCGGCCCGGGAAGACUAUGAGGAAAUGGCAAGACUUUGCAUUUUCCGUGUACAAUCUCUGAAGCAAGGGCAAUGUCGCAGCCUUUUGACCCAAGCAGUUCGUCACCAUGGAGCACAGUUGAAUUUCUUUCGCAAAGGACUGAAAUCUCUUGAAGCUGUUGAACCACAAAUAAGGGUAGUUGCUGAAAAGCAACACAUUGACUACCAACUUGUUGAAUUGGAUGAUAGUGAGGAUGGAGGGAAGAGCUAUGAGGCUAAUGAUGGUGGUGAAUUGAGUUUUGAUUAUAGACAAAAUAAGCAGGAACUAAAUGAUCCUUUCCCAUUGAGGGAUUCAAUGGAGUUUGAUCCGGCGGAUGCUCCAAGUGCCCUACUAACCUCUGGGAUGGAGGAAGGGGAGUUGGAUUUUGGCAAAAACCAAGAGCAGACUUUUACUAGACAACCUCGUGCAGGCAGUCAUUCUGCUCCAAUAUUUGCGGAGAAAUUGGAUAUUUCUGAUAGAAUCAAACAAGCACAGACAUCUGUCCGCAAAUUUCACACAUACGUUUUACCAACUCCAGCUGAUGCGAAAAGUUUGAGUACAAGGACAAGUGUUUCCCUUCACUCUAGUGUUACAAAUCCUAGUGGAGGAACCAACAAUCCCUGGCAUUCUUCCCCGCUUAAUAUGGAUAAUUAUUCUAAAUUUGCAGAAGGAAACUUGUCAACGGACACUCUUGCAAAAGCCCAACCCACUGCUAAUAAUCUCUCCGCCCCACUACCCCCGCCUCUUGCUGAGGGAACUUCUUUCCCACAAUAUGAUGUACAAAAUGGACUUGAUGCUAGAAAAAUAAGACGACUUGCUUUCUCAGGUCCAUUAUCAAGUAAACCUUCAUCGGGCAAGCCUUUGUUAUCUGCCAGCGGACCUAUUGGCUUGGCUGAACGGCCUCUUCUAGAACCUGGAUUGGCCUCUGGAGUACCAAUAACUCAGCCACCAUCAACUCUAGAUGUAUCCUACAGUGCUUCACCUCCCCUUGUUUCUUCACCAAAAAUUAGUGAGCUUCAUGAGCUCCCGCGGCCUCCUGGCUUAUUGGCCUCCAAGCCAUCAAGUUCAACUGCAGUUGGGCACUCUGCGCCCCUAGUCAACAGAAAUCGAGAAAUGUCUCCAACAAAUCAGAGUCCUGUGCUGGCAUCAAAUACGGGUUCUCCACUACCACUUCCUCCACUAACCAUUCCUCGAAGUUUUUCUAUACCGUCCAACAAUCAGAGAGCAAUGGCGCUACAUGUAGCCCAGCUGCUAGAGUCUCCUCAAAGAAAGGGCAAGGGUGAUGUAAUGUGCUCUCCUCCAUUAACACCUAUAUCUCUUUCAAACGCUUCAAAUUCUGGGCAAAUCAGAGGUAGGAGCUGAUUUACGUAAGGCUUUGCAAAAAGUGACAUUUUUUUUUUCUUUUGGGUUCGGGGUGUAGAGUUUUUUCCCCACAAGCUGGUGUUGCGGGAGUGGGAUUUGUACAUAUGUUAUUAAUGUAAGUUUUUAUUUUUUGUCCAUUUGACGUUCUCCAUAUAUCUUACACGAAUGUAAUGGAAGCUCCCUGUCUCAGUUUUGA